AUAAAAUGGAUGAAGAGUUGGAGAGAGCUAAGCGCUGGGAGGGCGGCUAUGAGAGGACCUGGGAGGUGCUGAAGGAGGAUGAGUCGGGCUCACUUAAAGCCACAGUGGAAGAGAUCCUGUACCAGUCCAAAAGGAAACGGGUGACAGAAAGCCAUGGACAGGUCCGGCUGGGGAUGAUGCGUCACCUGUACGUUGUGAUCGACUGUUCUCGCAGCAUGGAGGACCAGGACUUGAAACCUAACCGCCUCACCUCUACGCUGAAGCUGAUGGAGACUUUUGUUGAUGAAUAUUUUGACCAGAAUCCCAUCAGUCAGGGAAUCCUAAGAAGCACAUAUCUGCUCUGAAGAAAGCCGUGGACACCUCGUGUGUGGGAGAACCAUCUCUGUACAACUCACUGAGCCUGGCCUUACAGACACUCAGGCACAUGCCAGGACACACGAGCAGAGAGGUCCUGAUCAUCCUCAGCAGCCUUACCACAUGUGACCCAGCCAACAUCUAUGAACUCAUUAAGACCCUGAAGUCUCUGAAGGUGCGAGUGUCAGUGAUUGGUUUGUCAGCAGAGGUCCGAGUGUGUACAGUGCUGACCAGAGAGACGGGCGGCUCAUACCAUGUUAUUCUGGACGAGAGUCACUUCAAAGAACUGCUGAUGCUACAUGUCAAACCUCCUCCUGCCCGCUCCUCAUCAGAAUGCUCGUUAAUACGCAUGGAGCCUCGGAGCCAGGCCAGGCAGGGCAUCAUCUCCCUGGCUCCGAGUUCCACUGGUCAUCGUGGAAGAUCCUCCGUGGUGCCGACUCGGGGCUCGGGCUCCGAAUCCUAG